GGCGGUCGUGUACUUUACGAUAUUAAUAAAAAAAAAUUGAAUAAAAAUGGAUUUACUUAAAACAAGGCACUUCAGUCUGGAUGAAGCGUCAAUGCGAAGCGGGGCGUUAGCAGCCAUGGAGGCCGAACCAGAUCUCAGCACAUUUGAGAAUAAAAGUGGCUUAGCUGAAGACAUGAAGUUCCUUGCUUCGAUGCCAGAGCUUUGUGAUGUCACCUUCCUCGUCGGGGAUACAAGAGAACCUGUCUGCGCAGUUAAAGCUGUGUUGGCAUCUAGAAGCAGGGUCUUCCAAAAAAUUCUCUAUCAAGCUCCAAGUCCACAACGGAAGAAAGAAUCAGCGCCCCGAGAGAACAAAUUAAGGUUGUUCUUGAAGCGAUCGUCGGAACCUCUACUGAAUCUUCAAAACGCCGCCCAACAGAGAUCGACAUUCACGCAACAAUUGGCACCAAUACAAGAGCCGUCCUCUCAACAACAUCAAACACUCAUCAUCGAAGAGUUCGAGCCAGAUGUAUUUCGACAACUCAUUGAAUAUAUUCAUACGGGAUGCGUUACGCUUCAACCAAGAACAUUACUGGGUGUUAUGAACGCAGCAGAUUACUACGGCUUAGACGAGCUGCGACGUGCAUGCGCCGGAUUCGUGCAGUGCUGCAUCACAGUAGAUACUGUGUGCGCCUUACUAGCUUCGGCUGAAAGGUACAUUCAGUAUAAAUGUACUAAGUCCUUAGUGCAAAAGGUUCUGGAAUUUGUUGAUGAGCAUGGUAAUGAGGUGUUGAACCUCGGAUCAUUCACUUUGCUGCCGCAGCAUGUUGUUCGUUUGAUAUUGGCAAGAGAUGAACUGAAAGCCGACGAAUUCACUAAGUUUCAGGCCGCGUUGAUGUGGAGCAAAAAAUACUGUGACACAAACCAGAAUAUUAAUUUGAAAGAUGUAAUUGGAAAUUUUCUGGAAUACAUCCAGUUCCAUAAGAUUCCUGCCAAUGUUUUAAUGAGGGAGGUGCACCCACUUGGAUUAGUCCCAUACUCCAUCAUCAUGAAUGCGUUGGCCUAUCAGGCAGACCCGGCCAGCGUAGAUCCAGGAAAACUAUCGCCAGCGCGAAUCCGCCGCGCUGGUCGUUCCAUGUCCGUUCAGUCUUCACUCGACCCAUACGGCUCCAACACCACCCUCUCUUCCACCGGCUCCUCAGACUUACCAUCAUCAGAUUCUCGGCACAACUAACGCGAGGCGAACCCCCCCCAUCCCGCACCCGACCCCAUACCUGGCCCGUCCACCGCCCCUGUACAAGAAAAACCUGGAAAAAUAGGUCUCUUCUCUUCAAUCAAACGAGCAGCUAGUAAAAAGUUUUGUGAUCGCCGGUCACCAACACCAAAAACUAGGGAACCCAGGUCUAAGUCCGACUCUAUUAAACACGCUGCCUUGACAAGACAAAUUUCAGAGACUGUAGCCACUUCAGGCGAUCCAACUUUCGAAAGAUGUAAACCAAAGAAACGUGACAGUGAUACAGAAUUCCCCGUGCGGAAAACAACAUCAGAAUUAUCUGAAAGCUUUCCGUUUGUGCGCCGCGCUUUGGCUGAAAUAGAAAACGGACUAAAUUAUUUUAGAAGAUCGAUCACUUCUGAAGUGCCAGAAAUAAGGGCACCUUUAGCUAGAGGAGAACCAGUCGUAGUAGUUGAUGCUGCUGCUGAAGAAGAAGAUGCACCAGCAUCCCCGCCAGCUAUGGGCUUAAAAGAACGUCGUGGAUCUAGAGGUUCGCCUUGCGCAAAUCUUCCUCCAUUAAUGUUGCCACCUACUACGCCGGAGCCGUCUCCUGGCCGCCUGUCUCCGAAUCGGCUGUCUCCCCAGAGACCUAAAGAGCCAUCUUCGGCUCCAGUUAUUGGUAAUCCACCGCGAAGAACUCGGACUCGUUCCGAAAUCCCUCCCGACCCGCCACCACGAUCGCCUGACACCCCUCGUGCAGCGUCAGUUUCACCAAAACAUACAUUUGCGUUUAAGAUUGUGUUGAAAAAAGUGGAAAGUACACCGAACACUUCAUUUGACAGACCAGACCAAUGAGAGUACCUCCUCUAAGCGCGGCCGCGGGUCAGCGGUGGGGUACUCGAGGUAAAACGCGCUUUACUCCAAAAUCUAGUCAAUGCUAGUCUAGAGCAGAUUAUAUAAGAAACGGUUUCUAAUAAGUUCAGCAAAGUUGUAUUAUACUAUUAUGUAAGCAGAACUACAUAAUCGGGGGUGGAAUCUGUCCUGUUUAAAUGUUUCUAGGUAUUUAUAGAAACAAAUUUCCAAACAAUUGAUAUUUGUUUUAUGCUAAUACUUCAUGGGCUUAUUAGAUACCGUUUAAAAAUUGAAUGAAAUAUACAUUGUCUAUAGAAAUGAACUGAUAUAAAUUAGUUUUAUGUAACUUAAUCGAUAAUAUUCUGACUUCUGUAUCGACGCCCGCGAAGUUAUAAAUUUAAGACGUAGUAUUAAGGUUAAUUUAAUUCAAUAUGUAUAACAUUGAAUAUUUAAUGUUCUCACACUGUGCUUAUUAUAUAAGUUAUAAAAAAAAAUUGUAAAAAUUUUCAUAAGACACGAAUAUAUCGCUUUAUAUCGCUGAAAUUAAAUGUUUAUUGCUAGCUAGGUAUAAAUGUUAACGUAUUAUAAAGAUGACAUUGCAUAAAUUAAAAUAAUAUCAUAGAGUAUUCAACACCUUGUAAAUUAUAUGUUUUAAAUUGUAAGUUAAACUAUCAUGCCUGAUCUAAUAUUCUGUUCAAUUUUAUGUUUUCUAAGGUCUUUAAUAUUAUUAUUGUCUUGAUACCAUUCCCUCCAAAUUUGAUUAUUUUACAUUUUCAAUUUUGUAAGAAGUCAUUUUCUAUUCUAUAUUUUAGAAUAUAGAAGAAUUAGUUAAUGUUAAAAUUUAAAAGGUUAGUGUAUUUUUAAUUAAAAGUUAUUCAAAAUCACUAAUCUAUGAAGUAAGUUUACGUGUAUAUGAUGUUACCGACAUUAUCAACAAAUCAAUUUGAUUGAAAAUUUAUUCAGAGAUGCGUGUCAAUAUAACAUGCGUUCCACGCGAAGCGAGCUAAUUAGGAAAGAUGCUCUACUUAGGCCGAGCGCAUACAUACAACUGUUGCAUCGGCUAAACUGUUUCGUCGAGUUUUGUACUUUUCGUGAUUUCUACUCAACUAAACAGUUUAGUUGAUGCAAGUGCGCAUGUAAUAGAUUUUUUAUCUCCUCAAAUCGACCUGUCUUUAUUCAGCAAUGUUCAAGUCAAGGUAUUUACAAACAAUGCUUAUACGAGACCGGCAGUCGCGGUCAGUCGCGGAUUGACUGUUUAUGGUCUACGCACAUCCAUACCAUGCAAUUCACAUUGAGCACUUGACCGAUAGUCGUCCAACUUUUAAAUCAAAAGCAAAUCGAUUUGGAUUUUUGACUUUUUGUCGAGCAACUAUCGAGUUGACAGUAUGUAUUAAGGCGCGGACUGACUAGGAUUGUAAACGCUACAACCAAACCCUACAAUAUUUGUGUUGAUCAUGUGGCUAAGCUGCAAAUGGGCACUUAUUUUACUGAUUUUCUUUUGUUUAAUCAAAAUUCACAUAUUAAUUGAAACAUUGUUCGGUUUAAGUUUUAGAAAAGUACUAAUUCUAUUAAAUUCUUUAAAAAAAGAAUGUUGUUGAAACUGAAAAUUCGGAGAUUUUUUAUUCCAAAGUUUAUUUUUGGGAAGCAACUUCCAAAUUUUUUAUUGGAUAUUUCAAAUUAUAUAUAGAUACUCUAUUCGGUUCAAAAAAUUUUAUGUCCUUCUUUGUGCACUGUAAUUUUUGCGUCGGAAUAUUUUCAUUGCGUUUUGUUGUAAUCGACUCUCUAAGAAACCUAUUUUUGUGGAUAUUGCGGUGUAUGACAACGCCUUAAUGUAUUCUUUUACACAUAAUAUGAUACACAACAAAACAGUUGUUCAGCUAAAAGUCUUAUGUAUGCGCUAGCCCUUACUGGGGACUGCGCGGUACAAGUAUUUUGCCCACUUUCUUAUAUUAUAUCAGCGCUCUAUAAUUACACUAAAACAAAAUAAUAUAUAAAUAGUAAAAAUGUAUAUUAUAUUGACUUAAAAAAUAUAUUACAAUGUUGUCGUAAUUAAGUUAGUUAUUAAAAAUGUCAUAAAUAUAUCUGUGAAAUAUUAUUCUGAUACUACUUACUGUGUUCUCUUAUCAUAUUGUAAUAUAUUUAAUUAAAUGUGCCUGUAUA